UACGUCAUCUUCACGCGACGUUCCGUUCACCGUGUGUGUCGGCGGCUGCUCAAGGGUCCGCUUGAUUUUUGUGCGAGUGACCCAGAACGGUCCCGGUUUGGGAGCUGACAGAAUCCAAUUAAUUGUCCUUGGAGCCAGGGUGUCUCGGCGGACCCUUGGGUCCCAGCGGAGACUUAAGGCAGAGACACUGUAAUUAUUUCUAAUAUCAAUUCCAAACUAUUGCCCCUUGGACGACAGUGCAAUUAUAUGAAAUUAUGUCUGGGUAUAAGCCUGUAGCUAUUCAGACAUAUCCUAUACUUGGUGAAAAAAUUACCCAAGAUACACUAUACUGGAACAACUAUAAGACCCCUGUUCAGAUUAAGGAAUUUGGUGCUGUGUCAAAAGUAGACUUUUCUUCUCAGCCUCCAUAUAAUUAUGCUGUAACAGCUUCCUCAAGGAUUCACAUUUAUGGCCGAUACUCUCAAGAACCUAUAAAAACCUUUUCUCGAUUUAAAGACACAGCAUACUGUGCGACUUUUCGACAGGAUGGUAAAUUGCUUGUGGCUGGCAGUGAAGACGGUGGAGUUCAGCUUUUUGAUAUAAGUGGGAGGGCUCCCCUCAGGCAGUUUGAAGGCCAUACAAAAGCAGUUCACAUGGUAGAUUUUACAGCUGACAAAUACCAUGUAGUCUCUGGGGCUGAUGACUAUACAGUUAAAUUAUGGGAUAUUCCAAACUCCAAAGAACUUUUGACUUUUAAAGAACAUUCUGAUUAUGUGAGGUGUGGAUGUGCUAGCAAACUUAACUCGGACCUCUUUGUAACAGGAUCAUAUGAUCAUACUGUGAAGAUGUUUGAUGCACGAACAAAUAAGAGUGUUCUCUCUGUUGAGCAUGGGCAGCCAGUGGAGAGUGUCCUGCUUUUCCCCUCUGGAGGUCUUCUGGUGUCAGCAGGAGGUCGUUAUGUUAAAGUCUGGGACAUGUUAAAAGGAGGACAGUUGCUCGUGUCUUUGAAAAAUCAUCACAAAACUGUGACAUGUUUAUGUCUAAGCAGCUCUGGACAGAGGUUACUUUCUGGUUCACUGGAUAGGAAGGUGAAAGUAUAUAGCACAGCUUCCUACAAAGUGGUCCACAGUUUUGAUUAUGCAGCUUCAAUUUUGAGUCUUGCCCUUGCACAUCAAGAUGAGACAAUAGUUGUAGGAAUGACCAAUGGAAUACUAAGUGUUAAACAUCGAAAAUCUGAAGUGAAGAAGGAUUCUCUUCCCAGGAGAAGGCGGCCCACAUAUCGAACCUUUAUUAAAGGAAAAAAUUACAUGAAACAACAGGAUGACAUUUUGAUCAAUAGGCCAGCAAAGAAACACCUGGAAUUAUAUGACAGAGAUCUGAAACAUUUUCGGAUCUCUAAGGCACUUGACAGAGUUCUUGAGCCCACUUGUACAAUAAAGACACCUGAGGUUACAGUUUCCAUCAUAAAAGAGCUAAAUCGAAGAGGAGUCCUUGCAAAUGCCCUUGCAGGUCGGGAUGAAAAGGAAAUCAGUCAUGUUCUUAAUUUUUUGAUAAGGAAUCUUUCUCAGCCAAGAUUUGCCCCUGUUUUGAUCAAUGCUGCUGAAAUAAUAAUUGAUAUAUAUCUGCCUGUGAUUGGUCAGUCCCCUGUAGUUGAUAAAAAGUUUUUGGUACUUCAAGGACUUGUAGAAAAAGAGAUUGAUUACCAAAAAGAACUACUAGAAACCUUGGGGAUGAUGGAUAUGCUUUUUGCUACCAUGAGAAGGAAAGAAAGCACUUCUAUGUUGGAACAUACAUCUGAUGCAUUUCUAGAGAACAAGAAGAUAGAAUCAUAGUGUUCGCUUAGUAAGACAUACAAGAACUCCUAACUUGGAAUAGAUCUAUUAACUGUUGGAAAAAGAAUCUCUUUGAUACAUUAAAAAAAGCAUUUACAGAAGCAUUUCUAUGGAAGAGACUGGAAUAAUUAUGAUUAGAAAAUAAGUACCUGUUUUAAGAAAUGGUUUUCCACAUAAUAUUUUGAGUUAUUUUGUGGCAUCAUCAGCUAGACGAUCUCAGUUGUCUUGGUUACAGGGUAUGUCUGCCAUGGAUGAGUUGAUAUUAAUUUUAUAUAGCAAAGUUCUGUCAAUAUUUAGGUGGGCAUUGAGAUAGGAGUUCAAAUAAUGAACCCUCUCUGGAGAGCAUUCCAACUAGGAAUCCUGCCAAAGCAAUGGAGCCUUGUUUUUUUACUUCUAUCCUAGAAAACAACAACAAAAAACUCUUUUCUUCACUCUAAUCAGUGCCUUUGUGAUUUUGAGGGCCUUAGCUUGCCUCCCCCUUUGUUGAUAUUGUCACUUGUCUUAGAUCACAUUCUCUGCUUCAGCUAGUAAUAAAUAGGACUGCAUCUGUUCCAAUGUGGCAAAUCAACAGUCUGCUCUAAAUAGUCGACACUAACUACAUAUGUAUUUAGAGUAUGAUAAGGCAGAUUUGAUACCUGAAAAGUGUGCUGUCUAUCCCAAGCUCUUUUUAUUUCUUUAAUAUUGACUAUACAGAUAGACCUUAUUGGACCACUUUUUCCCCCCUUCAAUGUGUAGCCUUUCUGCAAAGUUUUUACCUUUACCAGAUCAGGGGAAUGGUAAAAUUUGUCAUUUUUCUUAUAAUAAAUAGCCGUUCAGCCUA